AGCAAUGUCUGUUGUAGAGGAAAAUCGCCCUUUUGCCCAACAAUUAUCCAAUGUCUACUUUACGAUACUCUCCCUUUUCUGUUUUAAGCUGUUUGUGAAAAUCAGCCUUGCAAUACUCAGUCACUUCUACAUUGUAAAAGGGAACAAGAAGGAGGCUGCAAGGAUAGCUGCUGAGUUUUACGGGAUUCCUCAAGGACAAGGUUCUUGGGCAGAUCGCUCACCACUGCAUGAAGCAGCAAGUCAGGGACGUCUCCUUUCUCUGAAAACUUUAGUUGCACAGGGUUACAAUGUAGAUGCUCUAACAAUUGAUCAAGUGACUCCACUGCAUGAAGCAUGCCUAGGAGAUCAUGUAGGGUGUGCUAGAAUCCUUCUUGACGCUGGAGCAAAUGUAAAUGCUACAACAAUUGAUGGAAUGACCCCCCUGUUCAAUGCAUGUUCAAGAGGGAGUGCAUCUUGUGUGGAGCUUCUCUUGGAGUAUGGUGCCAAAGCUCAGUGGGAGACAUGCCUUCCCUCUCCAACUCAUGAAGCAGCCAGCAGAGGUCACAGUGACUGCCUAGAGCUGCUAAUCUCUCGGGGUAUAGAUGUUGACCAAGACAUUCCUCACCUGGGAACACCUCUAUAUGUAGCUUGUAUUUCACAGCAGAAACAAUGUGUUCGCAAACUUCUGCAUGCAGGUGCAAAUGUGCAAAGAGGAAAAUUUUUGGAAACUCCACUGCAUGCAGCUGCCAGGCAAUCUAGUACAGAAAUAGUAAAAAUUCUUCUUGAGUUUGGAGCAGAUAUCAGUGCCAAAAAUGCAGAACUUGAAAGACCUGUAGAUGUAGCUCAUCCACGCAGCUUGGUGGAAACAGUAUUGGUUCUACACGAAGCUACCCCAUGUUCUCUUUGCCAGCUGUGCAGACUAUGCAUCCGAAACUGUAUAGGAAGAGCCAGAUUAGACCUUGUGCCACAACUCCAGUUGCCAACCAUAUUGAAGGAGUUCUUGCAGUACAGAUAAAGUAGCAAGUAGUUUUGAAAGACUUGAUAAACAAGUGUUGUAUU